GAUUGAUUGGUUAUGAGUAACAAAGUUUGAAACUUUUUUUUUAGUAUUGAAUAAGUGUUCUUCAGAAUUUGAAGUUCUCACAUUUGAAUGAUUUUGCUGAAAGAUUGUUCAUUUCUUGGGAAUGCUAUAUAGAUUAUUUGUAAGAGACAUGUUAGGAUUGGUCUAGGAAGUUUUGUAUUUAGCUUAUUCCCUCUGCAACUCCUUGUUUUGCAGUGUUAGUGUUAAUCUUUACUCAAAUGAUUUUACAAGUGUUUAUAUAGAGCUUUACAUCAGCUAUCUUCUGUAACUAACUAACAACUUGAUUCUUUAUACAGUUACAACUAUUAUAGAGAGCUGUACAGAGAGUUUAUAUAUAUUGAUAGUUAGAGAGUGUACUGGGAGGUUGGUUAUUGCUUAGGAUAAGACUCAUCAGGUAGACAAUCUCUGUUACCAUAUAUGUUCUAUGAUUCCUUGAUAUUGUCUAUGAAAGAGUGAGCUUGAAUUGUACAUGAGAGAUAGCAACCGUAGAUUUUCCCACACCACCCAUUACUUCUCCAUGAUCCAUUGACAUCAGAGACUCCAAGAGGCCCAUACUUAUUCCAAUCGUCCCUGAACUCGUGAUUUAAGCUCACAGAAGAAGAGAUGUGACUCGAGAAGAAGUUGAGAACUUUCCCCCUGAAUUUGAAAGUUUAAAUCUUUGGUAUCAAAGAGGCCAAGUUUCAUACUUUAGAAAGCGUCACGUGGAAGAGUCAAAGGUCAAACCUUUUUCCCCCAAACACUUUCUUCAAUAAAUUCUCCGACAUCACACACAGACACUCUGUCCCCACUCUGUCACUUGAAAUUAGCGAGAGAUGUCUUCCGUUGCAGCUAGGGUUUUUUUCAGGGGAUGCAGAUCGCUUCUAGCUCCUGCAUCUCGAGCCGCCGCCACCUCUUCCGUGGUUUCUUCUUCGAGGAGUGUAAGCACUGUCGCAGCUGGAGGCACCAAGAAGUCGGCGGCGAAACCGAAGGCGAAACCUAAGCCAAAGUCGAAACCAGACUCUCUGACGAAGAAGACGCCGAGGACUACCGGGAUCUUCAAGGCGACCCCUGUCUCUCCAGCUCUCGCUCACUUCCUUGGUACCGGUGAAACCACACGUACUGACGCCGUCAAAGAGGUUUGGACCUAUGUCAAGUCCCACGAUCUUCAGAAUCCUGCUGACAAGAGGGAGAUCUUCUGCGAUGAGAAGCUGAAGCAAAUUUUCGAAGGGAAAGACAAAGUCGGGUUUCUGGAGGUCACCAAGCUCUUGUCCACUCACUUUGUGAAGACUGCUUGACUCUUAGCUCAACACGGAAGGAAGAAGCUCUUGUUCUCGUUCUUAACGUUGUCAAAUAAUCUAUUAACUCUUUUGGUACCUGUUUAAAACGAUUGUAAACAUGGUUUGACUUGUGAAGAAAGUGUCUUGACAUCAAGUUUGCAAACUAUUUAUCUUAAUCAAGUAAUCAACUACUUCAUUUUUAUUAA